AUGGAGAUCACCUCUCUAGUUGCGAUUAAGGCUGGGCUGUGUGGGCUUACUGGCCCUCUUGCUUUUUUGAUCGUGCGGGAUAUGAAUGAGCUUCGCAGACAUGUGUACGCAGAUACUGUGGAUUACUUUGCCGUAAAGAAAUUGGUGCAGAAAGUGUUUCCCCGAUGCAAGUGCAAAGACAUACUCAGGAAACAGGAGGCUCUGGGAAGGGGGGCAGAAGUUGAUGACCUGGAGAUGCUGAAUUUGCUGGAGAACAGUGAAAAUGACCACAGCCCUCAUGUAUCUGAGAUGCCACAGACGGUUGUUCAGGAACGUGUAUGCUACAAGCAUGAGAGGGCCAUCCCCAUACAGGACACUGUUCAAGCUUUGGACAUCCGUGAAGAAGGUAUUGAGACACUGCUCUGCUAUCUGGAGCUGCAUCCUCAAAAAUGGCUGGAGCUUCUACACCCCACUUUCUCCUCCUGCCGCAUUGUUUGCUACAGUGGUCCUCAGCAGUUGCGCAAACUGGCCACCAGCUGUCCCCCUGUGGCUGUCUGUUUGGCCAGGGAACGUCUGGCUGGUGUGGACCAUACGCAUGUCAGUUCAGUGGAAUUUAAUGUUGUGGAAUUGGCUGAUUCUAUGGGCUGGGAAGUGGUUCCGGUAAAGAGAGCUCUCCGUGAUCUGCAAUGGGCACAGAGAACCAUCGGAGGAUUCAAAGGCACAGGGAAGAGCGGUGUGCUGGUCGAGUUCAGUAAACUGUCCUUUCAUUUUCGCUCAUAUGGGGAUCUUGCUGACCAUGAACUGGAGGACCUGUGUGACUUCCUGCAUCACAAGGUGGUUUCCAGAGAAAGUGCUGCUCUGCACCAGCUCAUGGCUUGCUACAAAGCCUUUAAGAGGGUGGCAUAUAGGACCAGCAGCUCGUGUGCGGAGAAGAUUAGUGCUGAGCGCAGCGCAGAACUAAAGGAUCUGUUACUCAAGUACUUUGAGAAAAAGGACGGAAUAGACGACUGUGAUGUCGAUGAUCAGGAGGAUCUGAGUCACUGCAAGGCACAGGACUGGAAGGAUCAGGUACGAGCUGAUGUCCGUCUCUUCCUUUCAAUUCACCAAGAGGAACGCUUUAACGGCAGAGCUAUAUCGCGUGUCUUUCAUGGAAUAGGUAGUCCAUGUUAUCCAGCAGAGAUUUAUGGAAGGGACCGCAGGUUCUGGAGGAAAUAUAUCCAACUUGACUUCAAUGAAUUGAUGCAGCUUUGCAAGGAAGAAAUUAUCCGAUUUAAAUGAGGAUUAGAAUGUGGGACGUCGCCGUGAGGGUCACCUGCUUAUUACUAUUUCUUGUACAGAGAUUUUUAUAUUUGCUACUUUAAUAAAUAAGAGUUACUAUUUCUUGUGUGUUA